AUGAAGUCUGUGGAUGAAAAGGAUGUAAAGUCGUCGAUCAGGAACAAAAUAAUAGAAAAAAUACAAAAAAACGCAGAGGAAAGAAGAGAAAAUGCCGUUGAUAACAGUGUGGAGUUGAGUAAGUCGGAGUAUAGUGACGUGAAUGAAGUUUUAAAGGCCAACAAAAUAUUAGAGUCGAAGUAUAACGAAACCUUUGAGUCUUUAACGAAGGUUAGGGAAAUAGUGCUGCAGUUAUCGGAUCAAAUUCUUGAUAAGGAAUUCAGAAUAACACAGCUGGAGAAGAAGCUCCACGAGUCUGAAAAGAAGAUAAAGAAUCAUCGAGAGGAUUUGAGGGCCUAUGACGAUAAGUUUAAGGAACUGUGGGCAAGAGCUAAAGAGGAGAAGGAAGUUCUCGAGAACCAAAUUAAGCGGCUGUGUGAGAUUAUAAAGGGAAAAGACUCUGAGAUCUUGUUACUCUCCACUGAGAACUCGAGGCUUACAACGGAGGUGAGGGAUUACAAGAAAAAGAAUAAGGAAUUGUUGGGUCAGUUGGACUUGACGUGCGAUAGCUUAAGCCUUAUUAUAAAGGAGACUAGUGAGAGGGAGAAGAUGCUGAACAGUUUAGAGGAGGAGUUGAAGAGGAAGCAGGUUGAGAGGCAGGGCCUUUAUCUAAACGAGAUAAACAGGAACAAGAAGCUCUAUAUAAACAUAAAGGUGAAGGAGAACAUGAUGUCUCAGAUUAUCAAGGAAAAGAAUAACCAGAUAAACGCCCUAUCAAGUGAGAUUAAGGUUUUGAGGGAAAAGCUGGACAGGAUUUCCAACACUUUCAGUGAACUUUCAGGUUCAAAUCCCAAACAAAAUAAAACGCUGGCGAUCACGAAUGACAAGAUUCAGUGCACGGUUUCAUCGCCUUGUAAUAUGAAGAUGGUCAAUGGAACCGCUAAGAUUAUCAUAUAA